GCGCGGCAGCGGCCAGGGCGCUGGAUGCGGGCGCAGCUGCGAUGGCCCCGCGCGCGGGACAGCCGGAGCAAAGGGGACCGCUCCUGCCGGGGCUGCUGCUGGUGGCGGCGGCGCUGAGCCGGCCCGCCGCGCCCUGUCCUUUCCAGUGCUACUGCUUUGGCGGCCCCAAGCUGCUGUUGCGCUGCGCGUCGGGCGCUGAGCUCCGCUGUGCAGCGCGCCCCCUGCUGGCCUGGCUGCGCAACGCCACUGAGCGCGUACCCGACGCGCGGCGCCUGCGCUGCGCCGCCCCGCGGGCGCUGCAGGACCGGCCUUUCCUGGACCUGGACGAGGCUCGGCUGCGCUGUGCCGACGGCGAUGGAUACGGUCGCGGGGAAGAAGUGGAACUCACCGGCCCGGAGCUUGAAGCCUCUUACGUCUUCUUUGGGCUGGUGCUAGCACUCAUCGGCCUCAUCUUCCUCAUGGUGCUCUACCUAAACCGCCGCGGCAUCCAGCGCUGGAUGCGCAACUUGCGCGAGGCCUGCCGGGACCAGAUGGAGGGCUACCACUACCGCUAUGAGCAGGACGCCGACCCUCACCGCGCACCCGCUCCGGCUGCCCCCGCAGGAUCCCGCGCCACUUCCCCGGGCUCAGGCCUCUGAAGUGUCACCACUUGGGGGUUGUUGGCUGUCCCUGCCAGCUGAUGACUUUACUGGGGCUGUCUGGCCUGAAGCCAUGGGUAUGAGACACCCGCGAGUUGGGGGCUUUGAGACUUGCCCCUGCCUGGCCUGAGACCUUUGGAUUAUGGCAUCCCCCCCACCCAGAGACCCCCAAGCUGUACCCCCACUCCCCAGCCUCUGGGAGCUCUCACCAUCAAAGAUCGAGAGACACCCCCUUCUGAUUUCAGAACCCCAACUUGCCCAUCCCAGACUCUGACACAUUCCUCCUAAACCACCAAAAUCACCUUCCCCUUUUCAAGACUUUUCAGGAAACUUUGUCCUUCAAACUUUGUCCUGCCUCCACCACCCUGUACUUUGAGGCCUGCCCUCUCAGUGGCAAACCAUCCUAGACAUUACUGACUCUCAUCUCCAGCUUGGAGACCUCAUUUUCCUUCCCAGGGCUCAGGGACCCUUACAUCCCAUUCCACUCUCAGAAGCAGAGCACCCCCACCUGAAGGUUUUUGUGGACUUUGAACCUUUUUUCUCAUCCCGGAGCUCUGAGCCCUCCAUCCUACAGACACCCACAUCCCCAGGCUGUGAGGGUUAGGCACCCUCCCCCAAUUGGGGGAUGUAUUUCAUACUGCCCACCUCCAGCAGCUCUGCCUCAGGCUCCACCUUUACUUGGUCCAGGCUUGGGGCUCAGCUCCAACUGUCUCCCAUCCCAGGGACAGUCACACCCUGUUAUAGCCUUAGUAUGGAACCAAUCCUCAUCCUUUCUCACCGGGGCUCUGAUCCCCCAAUACUCAGUGCUUGUCCCUAAUCUCCAGACUCUCAGCUCUUCACCCUGAUCUGAGUUAAAUCUCCCUGCCCAAGUUUUAGGCUAUCUAUCCCCUCCUGCACCCAUCGCUUGCAUUCACUAUCCACCCCUGCCAUUCACUGGGUCAGGGUCCAGUGAGGAAUCCAUUCCUGGGAUGUGCCCACCCCCCUCCCCAUGAGCUCUCCAGCCCUACAAGACAGGUGCAGGUGCCAAGCAUCCCCCAACCAUACUGGCCCCAACCAGAUGCCCAUGAGGAAGGAAAGACUCCUUCAAAGUAGUUGAUUGGGCCUCAGAACCAGGGUCACCUAUACAUUGUGGCCUCAGAGAGAGAUAGGGGAGAGGCUUUGAAGAGCUGGGAGCUGUCGCCCACACACUCUUUCCCACCCAUGUGACUCUCCACCCCACCCCCCUGGGGUUUCCUUGAUAUCAUGUCCCCCUCCCCCAUGCCUUUUGGAAAAGGUGAGGGGCCUCAUUUCUUGUCUCAGGCACAAGCCAUCCUGUUUAGGGUCAGAGCCUCAGUGCCCUGCCUUCUGCAUGAUCCCAAAGCACAACUGGUGAGUGGGGAGGGGGCAGCCUCUCCCUGACUCCCAUCCCCUAGGUCAGGCAGAAUGGCUGGCCUGUGCUGUCUCUGCACACAGGAAGUCCCUCCUCCUUCAACAUAUUGGCUGAGGCCUGCCUUCCCACCCCCACCCAAGACAUCUGGAUCUCCCUUGGGCAGUUUUCUAUAAAGUCUGCAAUAAUCUCAGA